AGGCAGCCAUGGAUUAUGACUUGAUGCAUGUGGAUGAAGAUGAAAGUUCCAUGCAUGCAGAUGAAGAUGGCUUCUCUGAUUGGAACUGCAACUCCUCAUCAGAAGAUGAGAAUGAGAUUGUGGCCAUGUCUGUUGUGCCAUCAUCUAAUUUGGAGUCAUUCACGGAAAGUGACAAUGAAACUGAAGAGAAACGCGAGUCUGAUUUUCUUAAUUCAAUGAAUCAAGAAACGCUGAACACUGGCCAGGAAAUGUUGAGCUGUGACAAGAAGUUAGCACAUACUAAACUAGAUAUAGAUGCAUCAACUAGUGUGCCCCAAGGUAUUGAAUCAAUCAAAGAAACCAUGAGUAAUGAAAAUAAAGAUGCAGGUACAUUUGACAAGGAAUCGAUGCCUAAUAACACCACCUUAACUGAUACCAAUGGUAAUCCUGCUAAUAAGUGCCAGUUGGCCAAGCUUGACAAACAUACAUUUACUGAACCCAACCAGCCUCUUAGCCUAACAUCCCCUGACUCAUGGGCUUCAAGACAGGAUAAGGCACCUACUUUACAGCCUGCUGAUCUACAGCACAGCAAUCCUGUCCUUCUACAGCCCACUAAUGAUCCAAGUCUAAAACCAACUGGUAGUCCAUGUUUGAAGCCCCACAAUGAUGCACACUUACAAUCCACCAAUCAUCCGCAUUUGCAACCAACCAAUCAUUCAUAUUCUCAACCCACUGAUCAUCCAUGUUUGAAACCUUCUGAUCAUCCAUGUGCAAAACCUCAAAGUGAAGAUAAAAAGCUAGGGGAAUUUUGUGAUAUGAAACCUUCUGAAUCUGAUCAUGUGACACCUCCAGAACAUACCAAUAAUACCAUUAAGCAGAAAGUUACUUAUGAAUAUCAAAUUCCAAUGAAUGAUACUGGAAAAGAUAAAAAUAACCUUAACAUCUCCUUUGAAUCCAAUAAUUCUAUGACUGCAAUAGAUAAAGCAGCAGACUAUAAAUGUAAGGAGAGAAUGAGCAGUGCUGAUGGUUGCCAGUCUAGUUCCUUAGAGCUGUGCUUGAGUGACUCUGAAGUGGAGGAUGCAAAUGAGGAAGAAUGUCCUAUUGGGAAUGACAAGUUGAAAAUGUCUGAUGCAUGUAUAGAAAGCCAAGAUAAUUCUAAAAAAGUGGAGGGUACAAACAAUGAUAGUAAUUCAAAUUUGUCAAAUGAAAGUAAAGUAACUGCUCAAAAUAAUAUGUUACAGAAAUCAGAUUGCCAAAAAAUCAUUUUAGAAAAAGAUGUGAAUGGAAUUGAAUUAACAAGAGAAGGCAGUAUUGCUCCUGAAAACCAUGAAAAGGUGGGAACUAUCUAUUCAAACAUGAACAAUAAUUCGAAAAAACAGGAGAAUAUGACAAAUACCUGUGGAAGUGAAGCAGGAAGUUGUACCAUUGACCAAAGGCUACCUACUAACUCCAGUGUGGGUGUUAAUAGAGCUCUGGUGCCCACCCUUGAUCAACCAUGUCAUAAGAAAUGUCGUGUUGCCUUGGGGGCAGUUGAUGAUAUGAAUGUUGAGCAGGAAGUUAUGGCUGAAAGUGAGUUUGUUGUUAGAGGAAUUGUUGAAAACCAUGUCCAAAAUACAAAUAGGUCAAUUGAAAACGUUGUUGUUGAUGAAAGAAGUGUUUUAGUAGCAGAAAACAAUUAUGUUGAAAAUGUGGAUUCGGUUGACCCUCUUUUUGAUCCUCUUGAUUUACCUUCUUCUCCAGCAGAAGCAUUGGAUGUUGGUGGUGAUGAAAUGUUUUCUGAUACAGAAACUAAUGAGAAAUCUUCACCUGCAAAAGAGACUGUAGACAACUUGGUUCUGUAUUCUAAUCUUACCCAUAAAAGUUCUUCCUCUAUGGGAGAAAGUUCUGCUGUUACUUCAGCACCAUCCACAAGCUAUUAUGAUGACUGUAAUAGAAGCAAAAUUAUAUCCUCUGAGAGCCUAUCUGAAUUAAACCAAACUGUCACAAACGUCAAGCCAUCCAUUCCUGUAGAUAUGUUCAAGAAAGACCAUUCCUUGAGUUUGGAUCUUGACCAACAUAAUCCACUUAAAGACUGUCUUCAAAUUAAUGAGGCUUUUCCAAAUUUGAAAUCUGUUAGUCAAACUUCUAACCCCUCAUUGUCUGGUCCAGGUAAUACUUUUGAGAAGAGUAGUACACGUGAUGAUGGCCUGCAAUCUCUUCCAACAUCUUUCACCAAUAUCCUGCAGAACAAUUUCCUAAACACGCAAAAUAAUAGAGGAAUAACUGCUGAAAAUGAAACACGUUCUAAAGAUGAAUCUUUUGAAAACAAUUUUAUUGCUGUUGAGCAUGAGACUUCAAGCCCUCUAAAAAGUAUGCCUUUUAUAAAUGCAUCAAACCCAAAGACUUUGAUUUCUGAGAGCCCAAAUGAAAACCCUUCUGUUGAGACCAUCAAAAAUUCCCCUGAAAUAGUAUCUGAUGCCGGCAACAAAGUCUUAAAUGUUGAGGCAUUGCCAAGCUCAGAUGCUAACUCAAUAACAUUGAAGAUGCAGCAAGAACAAACCAUGCGGCAGAUGCGAGAAGGACUUGGACUUGUACCCAAGAUAAAAACCAAUAUAAAAGUUAAACCACCAAUGAAAACAAAUAAACCAGAACAAACCAUGAGGCAGAUGCAAGAAGGACUUGGACUUGUACCCAAGAUAAAAACCAAUAUAAAAGUUAAACCACCAAUGAAAACAAAUAAACCAGAACAAACCAUGAGGCAGAUGCAAGAAGGACUUGUACAUGUUCCUCAGAUAAAAACCAAUAAAAAAGCACAACCACCCAUGAAAACAAAGAAACCAUCAUCUGCUCACCAGAAAAAGUUAACUCCAAUAUGGCAGAUUUUUCUUGAACAAGCAUCCAAGUCCGGUUGUGUCUGUGAGGCAAAGAUGAAUGAGUUCCUGAGCAAGUUCACCAUGUGCAUUGAAUUUUUUAAAGAGAAUUACUUCUCCUUGGACAUGAAUUCUCUGAUGUACAUUGUACAUGAGCUUCUAGUCGCGCUUGACCUCAAGGGCACUCUGAACAGCCGUGUUUCGUGGUCACAACUUGUACAGUUACUUUUUCUUGAGGAUGAACAUUUGAAAUCACUUGUCGACAUUUCACCAUCAAACAACAAACUCGGCUGCAACAUUUUUGCCCUCAAGAAUGAGGAUCACCUAGUGAGAGUAAUACAGGAUUUUCUUGCUUGUCACUCAAAGGAGAAUAUAUACUUUGCCGACUGUCUUCGAAUACCCAUUAAUGUUAAGUCAGUUGCCAGUCCCAACAAAUCUGAAGAAAUUAAAUCUGAUGAUGACAGUUCAAAAUUAACCACCAAAGCUAAUUCACAGCGAGAUGGAUGUAAUUCCCUUCCCAUGGAUGUUGAUCACCCCAUUAAAGCAAUGGAAAGUAAUACACCAACCCCAACCUCAUCAUCCAAUAUCAUCAUAAGAGUUGACCCAAAAGGACGCGAUGCUUCAACAAAUUCUACAGCUCCAAAAGACCAGAAACAAAACUUGCUUCAGGCCACAAUUUCAGUUUCCAGCAUCUGCUGCAUCCAGGCCUGUGGAGCUACAAUCCCUUAUGGCCUGUACUUCCCAUCUGCUGAGACCAGAAGCAAUGAGAUAACACGGGAGCUAUUCAUGCGGUGGUUGCAAACUUACAUUACCAACUCUAAGACCAGCAAGACGAACAAGACUCUCCUCAUUGUGGACGGCGGCUGGAACUUCUUCCAUUCCUAUGCAACCAUGGAGAUCUGCCAUCAAAACGGCAUUGUUUUGAUAUCCUUGCCUCGCCAGAGUCGUGAGUUACUAAAUCCAAUCAAGAUCCAUAUAGCCCCUAAAAUAAGGGAACGAUUCACGGAGCUUUUGUCGCAGCCAAAGAACUCGGGUCGGCGAAAUAUAGAGUUCCUGUCUAAAGCUUACUCCUUCGUACACAAGGUAACUGCAACCCCUGAGGUAAUAGUGAGUAGCCUCUCCAUAUCAGGAUUAUGUCCUUUGAACCCUGCGAUAGUGAAGAAAAAUAUGAGGGUAAUGGUUACCUUGUCCCAGCCUAACGACUGCGUCAGGGUGGAUCAGGUGAUCCGUGAACUGACUGUCAUUAGUCAGAAACGGGCUGCAUUUCUCCGAAAAUAUGACACUGAGCCACCAAAAGAUGCAAUACCCUGUGCCCCCAACUCUAUUGGCUUACCUAAACUGGUUGGAUCUCAGGGCACUGUCACUUGUGGUAACCUCCGUAUCACCAGACAUGAUUCAGGUAAAUUGAAUCAUCAUGGACUUGAAUCAUUCGGUAAUAGAACCAUCGUUACUCUACCGAAUAUCAUGCGAGGUUCAUCUUGGUCUCUAAGUUCUACUCCAUCUUCAGGUUCUGCUGUGAUUCCCUCGGUAGCCAUAGCUAAUACUUCCUCUAAUACCUACACUACUUUAGUUUCACCGUCAAUAAAUACAUCAGUAACAAAAGCACAGUCCACUUCAACAUUACCUAUCAUUAAUAAAGCUACAGUUCUUUCUGUUUCUUCGUCUGGAUCACCCGUAAAAUUUGCCGCAACAACUGCCCGUCCAUCGCCCUUGCUGCCUAGCGCCCAGCUACAGAAGAUCGUGUCUUCUACGCUGCCAGGGCUAGUGCAUUUUUCAGGUGACACGUCCCACUGUGUCUCACCGUCCCUUCCAUUGUCCAACAGCGUCCCACCGUCCCCAAGCUCCUCCCUUGCCCACACAGGUCAAGACUCAUCCCUGCCAAGCACCAGUGACGGUAGGUCUCCGUUCUCAUGGAAGCCCUUGUGCCACGUUUCAAAAGUUACUUCCUUGUCAUCGCGGCCCGCUUCAUCGACGGUGGUUGUAGUCAAGCCCUUCUUGAUGUCCAACGCUAACACCUCUACUUCUUCUGGUCACUCUUCCCUAACUUCUACAUCCAAUGCUAUAACCACUUCAUGCGGAAAAGCUGCUACGAUUCCUAACAGAAUCUUGAGCACAACUUAUGUUAACAAUAAAAAUGUUGCCUUCCCAAUCGUUGGGCAAGGUCGGCUAGUUCCAAGUUUUAAUUUGCCAACAAUAAUUACGACUACAACGAAUAAAACUUGUUCAGAUAUUCCAUCAUCGGAACCCGGAAAAGUACAAUGCGAUGCAGUUCCAGCUGCAUUCGGAAACUUGACUUCAGGACCGCAAAGUUCUCACACUGAUUCAAUAACCCCAUCCCCUUGCGAUACUUAUAAAUUGACCAAACCAAUUGUAAAGUUUCAGGUUGUUUCUCAAAACAGGGAAAAUUCUAGUAUAAAGGUUGGUCCUAAGGUUGGCACUGUCAAACCUGGUACUAGAAUUGUUUGCAUUUCAUCUGGAUUGGCCAAGACUGGUUUAGGUGGGAACUCAGCCUCUGGAACUUUAGAACCUGGUAUAUUGGUUCCCAAUGCAUCCAUAAACCACACACCUAAACCACUUCCUAAAUUCACUUUACUAGCUACAGGAUUACAGCCUUCUAGUGCAGGCCCGUCAUCUUCCAAAGUUCGUUUGGUUCAAUUUGGAAGUUCGUUAUUCCGCAAUAUCCAAAAUAAUAUUUCUGUUUCCUCUAGUGGUAAUCCUGGAAUUGGUAAGACUAUUGCCUCGGCCCAGUUUCCUGGAGGCAUUGAUAGCUUAACUAUUCAACCCGAGACAGAUAAGGCAAAAAUGUCAACGAUGUCAACUAUUCCCCAAGAUGAGUCGUCUGCCAAUCCAAACAAACGAUUAAAGAUUUGCCAGACGUGGUCCCUGCUUCCUUCUUGCAACGAACAGGCGUCUACCACAUCGGGUUUUGCUACAUCAUCUGUCAUGUCCACUCCUCUAUAUUCUACCGAGACAACCUUCGCACCUUCUACCGAAACAGUCUCUGCACCUUCUACCGAAACAGUCUCUGCACCCUCUCUUGGAACAGCCUCUGUAUUUUCGUCCGGAACACCUUCUGCAGCUUCCAAUACCCCCUUUAUCCCUUCUCCCGGAACAGCCUCUGCACCUUCCAAUACCCCCUUUAUCCCUUCUCCCGGAACAGCCUCUGCACCUUCCAAUACCCCCUUUAUCCCUUCUUCCGGAACAACCUCUGUACCUUCUCCCAAAACAACCUCUACACCUUCCACCAAGGCCCCCUCUCCACCAACAUUGGGUGUACCAGCCACCUCUCCGUCAGCGUCUAGGACCAGCGGCGUCUCAUUUCCUGCUGACGCCAAGGAGGCAGAAAAUGCUAAUGCUUUAGUUUUCUGUUCUGAGCCUCUAAAAGAAAUAUCGACCAUAGAGAGUAAAGAAAAAAGAUCGAAAAAAAGGAAAAUUCGAUGGGUUGCCCAAGUGACCUAUAACAAAAAACGAAAGAUAAAAAGAUCUUAUGAAUUGCCGAUGGGACCUUUCAAGCGGUCCAGUUACCUGAGCUCCCAAACCAAGAAAAAAUCUUGCGGUACAAGGAAUAUUGACUUUGUUGGGUUCCAUCGAGGCUCUGACGUAAAUGAUGACAGCGAGCGAGCAUCUUUGAACUUUUCUUCUGACGAAAAUGAUGACGUUUCAAAAUCAAGUUCUUCUAAGAAGUUAAAUUCAAAACGCAAGCGCAAUGUCCUACGCGGGGACACGACAUGUCCGGUGUGUGGAGACAACACUGAAGAGGCAUGGAUUCAGUGCAUGCGCUGCCUAAGAUGGAUCCACGAACUCUGCGCUGACAUCAAGGAUAUCUACUACUACUUUUGCGACUUCUGUGAACAGAACGCGGACCAAAUCAAACAGAAAAUAAGUUCGGGGGUCAAGAGCAAUACAAGCCAGGUUUUCAGUCCAUCGAAAGCAGGGCAUGGAGGAAAUAAUUCUGAUAUGGCUGUUGAGAAAGCCAAGUACCCAUCAGCCUCCGAAGGAGUUCUACAUUUUAAGGGCAGGGAGGCGGUGAUGGAACAACAGGGUUCGGAAACUGAAGAACUUAGCCUGCAAAGUGGGCUAACGGCAACAGCCCUGAAUUUGAAGAAAUUGAAAAAUAAAUCGAGUUAUAGCAAACAUAUUGUUAACCAACAGAACGGAAGUGCUAAACAACAAAAAAUCUCGCUGACUUCCCUAAAGGAUGACAAUUGUUCUCUUUCAAAAACAAUCGAGAAACGUCCGCUAUGGCUGAAAAACACAAAUUUUGUCAACAAUUUAGAGAGUGAAAUAUCUUACAACGAUUUUACGCUUCCGAAGAGCUUUUUAGAACCCAAACAGACCGCCGGCAUAUCGCGUUCUUACACAUCGCCAUCUGGUGAAAAUGUUUCGGCCUCUCUAGGAGAUUCAUCGGUUUCUGAAAAUGUUUCGGCAUCUGAAAAUAAUGUUUCGGCGUCUCUAGGAGCUGCAUUGUCAUCAGGAAAAAAUGUUUCAGCCUUUCUAGAAGAUGCAUCGGCAUCAGAAAAAAAUAUUUCGGCAUAUCUAGAAGGCAGUUCCCAGACAAAUAUCAAUCCAGGAUUCGACUGCCCUUCCAAUUAUGAAGAGGAAUACGAAAGUGAUACAAGUACAGAUGCCGGAUUUGGGUUCAUUGUCUCGGCCCAGUCCAUCGAACCUUCUGAAUAUGACAUGCUAGACGAUGAAUCUAGUGAUGCUUUGCCAGGCAUGCCAAUCCAUAAAACUUCUGAAUCCACCCCUGCGAAGUCGCCCUCAUUGCCGUCUGUUGAAGUCGAGUCUUCUCGUUCUGAUUUCGAUGACGUACGUUUACCUGAAGAGCUUCCAGGAGAUAUUUUGGCCCCUGCAGAUCCUGAAGCAGCUGGUAGUUCCACAUGUCCCAGAUGUCCUACUCCUGUAGGAGGUGAUAGCUCCACAACUAGGUGCCCUAAUCCUAAAAUAGGUAUCAUAUUACCAGGUUCAACUCAAAAUACUGCGUUAAAUCCCGAUACCGAAAUGCCGUCUAACCCGAGUUCUGCGAACACUGAUACUCCUCCCGAAGUGCAGGCGAAUAAUAACAGUGAUGUAGGGAAUAAGAAAAGCACCAUGCAUUUACCCGUCUCGGAUGGACAGUUCCACACAUGCACGAAUAACAGUUAUGCUGGUACCAUCCAAACCAUGGCCUUUCGGUCCAUCUCGGGGAGCGCACCGAGUUCACGUCUACCAUCACCCACGUCCGAAGAAGUAAACGCAAUAAUUUCCGACAACCAUCCUCCUGUUAGUGAACAAAACCAAGCAAGAAGCAAGAGUACUAGUCCGGAAGCUUUUCAUAUGCCGUACGUAAAUUUCGAGAACUUUACAAGUGGUCCUGACAACACCAGUGAGCUGGACACCAGCAGCGACGACGUGGUGGUUAUUAGUGAACAUAAGACGGCCAACGUCUCCGACGAUGACGAUGUUGUUGUCAUAAGCCAGAAGGGCGGGAACUCCGCUAACAUCCGAGACAAAGAUGGCGGCUUGAAUAGUUUAGACAAAACCGCCGCCAUGAAUAAGGAUGACACCGAUGAUGUUGUGAUAGUCAAAAGCAUUCCAUCAACGGCGGGUUCUAAUGCUAGAAAAUCAUCGGGUCCAUCAUCCUCGAGAGCUCCUUCAUCUCCCCCAACCAUCAUCAAAGUUACCACGAACCCGGAGCUGUCACGAAAGUCGCCAAAGCCCCAAGAGUUAAAUUGCAUUUCAUUCAAAGUUACAACGGGACCAAGGCGCUACCUUAAAUAAUGAGCACUCCUACCUGUGCUACCACUCCUACCGGUACUCCCAUUCACUCCUACCAGUGCUACCACUCCUACCGGUACUCCCAUUCACUCCUACCUGUGCUACCACUCCUACCGGUACUCCCAUUCACUCCUACCAGUGCUACCACUCCUACCGAUUCUGUUGAAUUGAAAUUAAAAAAUUAAAUUUGUUUAAACUAUUUCGAAUAACAAAAUUGUAGAAUAUCUACUAGAUCUUAUGGUUGAACCUAUACUAGUACUGCAACGCUAGAAAGUAGUGUGUAGCGUACUAGUUUAAAUAGUGAUAUUGUUGCUUGAAUGUGUUAUCAUUAUAUAAUGAUUCAUCUCUUUAGGGGUGAUUAUACCUCUAAUUCAUCCCCUAGUGUUGAAUUACCCCUUAAUGGUAAAAAUUUUAUUCAACUUAGCGGAUUAUUGGGAAUAUGGAAAAUGAAUGUUAAAUGAAUAUAAUGUAUUGUGUACAAUAUAAACUGUAAUACAACAUUUCCAGUGUUACAUGUUCAAUGGACUAACAAUGUGAACAAGUUAGAGAAUUAAUGUUAUCAUGGAAAGUUUGUUAUAUGAUUAUUUGUUCUAUUAUUAUUAAUGGUUUUUCAGUAUAUAUCAUGCGUCCGACAUGUCAGUAUCAUGCGUCCGACAUGUCAGUAUCAUGCGUCCGACAUGUCAGUAUCAUGCGUCCGACAUGUCAGUAUCAUGCGGCCGACAUGUCAGUAUCAUGCGGCCGACAUGUCAGUAUCAUGCGGCCGACAUGUCAGUAUCAUGCGUCCGACAUGUCCGUAUCAUGUCAUUUAUCGAUGUUCUUCUAUGCUGUUUUGUUUGACUGAUGUAACUUGAUGCCGUGUUAACAGGAACAUUAAAUUUUCAAUUGCU